CCGGAGCGUAAAGUAGCAAUUCCCAGCACCGCCGCCGCCGCCGCUGCUGCCACCUUUCAAUAGUGGCAGUGGCAGCGUGGAUAUAUAAAGAGAUGCAUAGUCAGAUGCCACCACUUUUCCUCUUUUCAUAUUCUUUACUACUGUCCCUCUUUUUUCAAUAAUCAAGAGCUCUUAUUUUUUUCUUCCUUUACCCCAACUAUCUAUCGUUUAAUAUCUAAUUUUUUCUCCCAAACAUGGCUUCAUUUCGUCUCACACAGGUGGCCUCGCACUUGAACGGCACCAAAGCGCCGCGCACACAAAUCGGCGUCCAAAGCCCCGACGACAUCGUCAUCGUACAAGCCCUGCGCACGCCCAUUACGCGAGCACGCAAGGGCGGAUUCAAGGACACAACAUCAGAGUACCUACUGGGCACUAUCCUCCGAGGGCUCCUCGAGCGCACGCGCAUUGACCCCACACUGGUCGAUGAUAUCUGCGUGGGCAACGUGUGCCCGCCCGGUGGAGGCGCGACGACCGCGCGGAUGGCAGCCCUGUACGCUGGAUUCCCCAAUACCACGAGCGUUCAGACGGUUAACCGGCAGUGCUCCAGUGGAUUGCAGGCGGUUGUGCAUAUUGCGCAUGCAAUUCAGGCCGGCAUGAUUGACGUGGGUAUUGGGGCUGGUGUCGAGAGCAUGACCCAGUUCUAUGGGCCCCAGCAUAAGCUGCUUCCAGACACCAUCAAUGACGAAGUCAUGGAGGCUCCGCAAGUCGCUGACUGUAUUAUUCCCAUGGGGCUGACCUCGGAGAACGUCUCGGCUGAGUUUGGAAUUCCUAGGUCCAAGCAGGAUGCCUUUGCAGCCUUGUCGCAUCAGCGUGCCGCGCGUGCGCAAAAGCUGGGCCAUUUCAAUGAGGAGAUUUACCCUGUGCGCACUAAGAUUGCUGACAAGGACGGCAAGGAGACGGAGAUUAUUGUCGACCGCGACGACGGCGUGCGCCCAGAGGCCACGGCUGAGUCGCUGGGUAAGCUGCGUGCAGCAUUUUCGGCCGACGGCGCAACUACUGCGGAAAUGCAUCGCAGCCGCGCUAAGGAGCUUGGCCUGUCCAUCCAGGGUAAGUUUGUUGCUUCGGCAGUUGCUGGCGUGCCCCCGCGCAUUAUGGGCGUCGGCCCGGCCUAUGCUGUGCCAGCACUGGAUAUUAUUGAGCUUAACGAGGCAUUUGCGUCGCAGUCUGUGUACUGUGUGGAGCCCUCGGUCUGGAUAUCAACAAGACAGAUAUCUACCUUGUUGACCGAGCUGAAGCGCCAGGAUAAGCGCGUCGGCUGCACCACCAUGUGCAUUGGCGGUGGCUUCGGCAUGGCUGCCAUUUUCGAAUCCGAGCACUAAAAAAAACAAAAGUGCAGCCUAAUUAAUUUUUUUCCUUCAAUAAAAUUAUAUUAUAAUUAA